UGCCAUCUAUAUUUCAAUUUAAAAUGUCACGUGAUUAGUAAAUGUUUCAUGCAGUUAAGUUCGCUUUAAAAUGUCGUACAAAUAGGUAUUGUGUUUGUCGUGUUAGUAUUUGUGUAUGUUUAUGUUUUGUGUUAGUCAUUAAAUUAUGUCAGUUUUAAGGGGUCGUUAGUUUAAAUUAUUUAGUAACCAUUUUUUGGUGUCAGUUAGCGGGAUAUAUUAGCGAGCAAUGAAAUUUUGAGUUGUCGAAUCGAUGCUUCAAUGUUGAGUUCCAGAACGAGGUUGAUACUAUUUUCUUGAUACUAAUGACGAUAGUUCCAGUGUGAAGGUUGGUGUUAUUUUCUUGAUCUGAUUUAUUGUGCUUUUAUUGUCAAUUUAUUGAAAUGUCAGAAAUUGAAAAGUUAAAGGAUAAGUGUAAAGUUUUAAGAAAUAAGGUCACCAAAUUAAUUACUAAAAUUGAAACGUAUCUCAAUGAGUGUGAUGAUUUGGCUGAUAUAGAUAAAACAAAUGCUUUAAAAGAGUUUCGAGAACAAUUAGUUCACAAAGAAAGCGAGCUUAUAAGUGUAAAUAGCAAGGUUGAAGCUUUGUGCGACAUUAGUGAAAUCGAAAAUGAGGUUUCGAUUUCAGAUGAAUAUAAUGAGAAAAUUGUUCUAUGGAAACAAAAGAUUAUAAAUGUAAUUGAUAAUUAGAGCGCCAAAGAGAAAGGAAAUAUUUCAGUUGAUUUAAGUAUGAGAGAAAGUAGAGAAAAUACACCCCCUUUAGCUAAUUCAAGUAGUAACGCGCAGUUAAUAAAAACUGUUAAACUUCCCAAGUUGUAUAUAAAUAAAUAUUAUGGUAACCCCGCGCAUUGGUUAGAAUUUUUUGAUCAAUUCGAAAGUGCUAUACAUAACAAUAACUGUUUAAGCAAAGUAGAUAAAUUUAACUAUUUAAAGUCUUAUGUAGGUGGGAUAGCAGCAAGUUGUAUUAACGGUUUUGCUUUAACGGAUGAAAACUACGAUAUUGCUCUAAAGCUUUUAAAGAAUCGAUUUGGUAAUAGAAACUCGUUAAUCCAAGCACAUCUUAAUCAGUUGUUAAAAUUACCUUUUAUUAGAAAUGUAAAUGAUUUAAUUGGCUUAAGAAAAUUAUUUGAUUGUGCUGAGUCACAAAAAAGAAAUUUAGAGUCGUUAGGAAUAGAUACCGAAACUUAUGGUAAUUUAUUAAGUCCUAUUCUAAUAGAAAGAAUUCCGAGGGAAAUUGUUUUAGAAUUCAAUCGAAAUUAUCCUGAAAAUAAUUGGGUAUUUAAAGAUUUGUUUUCAUUUUUGGAAAAAGAAAUAAGUUCUAGAGAGAGGACACUUUCGAUUUAUAAAUCUGAUUCACGUGAGUAUAACAAUAGUUUUAGUAACGAAAAUAAGAAUUUUCGUAAGAAAUCUGAUUUUAUUAAAAAAAGUAACUUUAAUAGAAAUGCGCAAAAUGUAUAUCAUGCAACAGUCGAUAGAAAAAAGUGCAUUUUUUGCGACAGUAGUGAACAUGAAGUUUGCGAAUAUCAAAGCGUAAUAGAAAGAAAAAAUAAAUUAAAAGAAGAAAAUCGUUGUUUCCGUUGUUUUUCAAAACAUCAUAUUGCUAGACUCUGCAAAACGAAAUUGGAGCCAUGCAUAAAAUGUAACAGGCGAACUCAUCAUUAUUUAUUAUGCGAGGAGAAUGAUUCAUCGGAAAACGCGGUUGUUCAAUGCCACUCCUCCAUAAAGAGAAAUAGUGUUUUAUUACAAACUUGUAGUGUAGUCGCAUGUUUUGAAAAAAAUAAUAAAUUAGUCAGAAUUCUCUGUGAUAAUGGUUCCGAAAGAACCUGGAUGACGCGAAGUUUAGCAAAUGAACUGCGAGUGAAAAUAAUAAGAAAAGAAAAUUUAUCUGUUUAUUCUUUUGGGUCCGUAAUAACAAAACAAAAAAGCUACGGUGUAGGUCGAGUAAAAUUAAAGAAUAGAAAUGAUCCUAAAAUUUUUGUUGAAAUUGAGGCGUUAAUUACAGAUACAAUUACAGCCGCACCUCUUUCGAUUCCAGAUACACGAAUACAGAAUGAUUUAAUAGCGAAAGGUUUCGUUUUAGCUGAUGCAUGUUCGAAUUUCAAUCAAGGUUUGGAUAUUUUAAUCGGGGCUGAUUUAUUUUGGGAGAUUGUUGAUAAUUCUAAAGCAGAGAAAAUAAAUAAAUCUUUAUAUUGUAUUCCCACUAUAUUCGGUUAUACGGUACAGGGAAUUCAAGAGGAAAAUAAAGAGAUGUCGAGCCGUGCUACUUCGACAAAUUUAAGUUCAGUUACGGAUGUUCAGGUACUAUGGGAUUUAGAAUUGUUAGGCAUUCGAGAUGAAAAUGAGAUAGCUAUUGAGGAUAAGCAUUUAAUAAACAAAUUCGAAAAUAAUCUUAAGUUUGUUAAUGGCAGGUACGAAACUUCAUUAUUAUGGAAAAGGUCACCUAAGGAUCUUGCGAACAAUUUUUGGAUAGCAAAAAAGAGAUUCGAUAAUUUAAAAACUAAUUUUGAGAAGAAUGACUGGGUUGCGAGGGAAUAUAAACUUACGAUACAAGAGCAACAAAACGAGGGAAUAGUCGAGGAAUGUACUAGAGAUAAUGAGGAAUAUUUUAUGCCUCACAGAGCAGUUGUGCGAAAUGAUAAGGAUACUACUAAAGUGCGAGUUGUUUUUAACUGUAGCUCAAAAACUAAGCAAAAUUUAUCUUUAAAUGACUAUUUAGAAAUAGGGCCAAAUUUAAAUCCUAAUGUGUUAGACAUUAUUCUUAAAUUUAGAAAAUUUAAAGUAGCGUUCAGUGCAGAUAUCGAAAAGGCUUUCCUCAUGAUAGGCAUCUCUGAAAAGGAUAGGAAAUUUUUAAAGUUUUUAUGGCUUUCAGAUAAUUCUAGUAAUAGCUUUAAAAUUUUGCGAAUGACUCGUCUUCCUUUCGGUUGUACAUCAUCUCCGUUUAUUCUUAGCGCAACAAUUAAAAAGCACAUUAAACAGUAUCUUGAAAAUGCACCUAAAUGUGUUGAAAUGUUGGACACUUCACUUUAUGUGGAUGAUCUUUAUUUUGGUGCUGAUGAUGUUGAGGAGGCGUUUGAUUUAUCGACUGAAGCUGUUCAUAUUUUGGGAGAUGCAGGAAUGAAUUUACGAAAGCUGAAUUCUAAUUCGGAAGAAUUGAAGUCUUUGUGGAUAGAAAAGGGUUUUAGUGAUGUUAGUGAGAGUUCUAGUGGUAGUUUGAAAGUUUUAGGUUUGAAUUGGAACCCUAUAGGAGAUAAUCUGUCGUUGGAAAUUUCCCCGUUAUUGAAAAGUUUAAAUAAUUCGGCAAAUACGAAAAGGUUUGUGUUACACGCUGCUGCAAUGGUGUUCGAUCCAGUUGGUAUUGUUAGUCCUUUCGUUCUUAAGAUCAAGUGUCUGUUGCAAGAGAUAUGGAAAAGAGGUUUAGAUUGGGACGAAGAGUUGUCAGUAGAUUUAAAAAUUAAAUGGACUGAAUGGUGUGUAGAAGUUAAGCACUUAAAAGACAUAGUCAUUCCAAGGUAUUGUUUUUUGUCAUGCCCAGGAAGUCGAAGAGUAGAGGUACACAUAUUUUGUGAUGCGUCACUCGUUGCAUAUGGGACGGUUUCCUAUAUUCGUUAUAUCAAUGAUGAGGGGAAAAUCAUAGUGUCGUUUUUGAUGUCCAAGAGUCGUGUUUCCCCCUUGAAAAAGUUAACUUUGCCACGCUUAGAAUUAAUGGCGACAGUAAUAGGAGCUAGACUAGGUAAUUAUAUUAAUGGUAUUUUUGGGGAAAUGGUUUCUGAAUAUAUAUAUUGGACGGACUCAUUCAUUGUUUUACAUUGGAUCAGGGGAAGGGCUGAACGAUGGAAGCAAUUUGUUUGCAAUAGGGUCCGUGAAGUUCAGGAUAAGUCAAAUCCAAAAUCUUGGCAUCAUUGCAAAGGUAUUGAUAAUCCUGCUGAUUUGCUGACACGUGGAUGCAAUGCAAGCAAAUUGAAAGAAGGAGAGAAAUGGUUCCAUGGCCCUUCAUGGCUGAGACUUGAAGAAUCUGAAUGGAAUAAUGAUAAAGGUUUCAGCUCUUUGAAUAGCGAAAACUUGGACGAUGAAAUUCUUGUUGAGAAACGAAACAAGCCCGUGAACAUCAACAUGAAUGUUUGCAAGGAAGAAAACCAGCCUGAUAUUAUGAACGUCAUAAAUAAAAUUUCCUCAUGGACUAAAUUGCAAAGAGUAUUUGCCUGGUGUAGAAGAUUUAUUCUAAAUUGCAAGUUUCCAGCUGCAAAGGCUAGUGGUUGUUUGACAACUGCAGAGAUUCAGAAUACUAGAAAUUCCCUUGUGAAGAUGGUUCAAAAAUAUGCUUUUGGUACUGAAAUGGAAAGUCUGCAGAAGGAGAAGACACUUCCAAAAAAUAGCAAUCUGUUGCCUUUGGCACCCUUCCUUGACUCAUCCGGACUUCUCCGAGUUGGUGGAAGGUUGAAGAAUUCCAAUCUUUCUGACCGUCGAAAACAUCCAAUACUUCUCCCAAAGGGUCAUCAUCUAUCAACGAUAAUUGUGAGAUAUUUUCAUGAAAUCCAUCUACAUGGAACUAUUCAAAUGACAUUAUCAGCAUUAACUCAAGAAUAUUGGAUAAUUGGUGUCAAGAAUCUUGUCAGAAAGAUAAUUUCCAGGUGUGUAAAAUGUCAUAGACAAAAUGCUAAAUUUUUGACACAAUUUAUGUCUGAUUUACCUUCAGUAAGAGUCACACCUUCCCGAGUUUUCUCUGUUGUUGGAACUGAUUACGCUGGACCUUUCCUAGUGAAGCCCAGAAAAGGAAGAGGUGUGAAGACUAUGAAAUGCUAUGUUUGUUUAUUUGUGUGUUUAUCCACAAAAGCCGUUCACUUAGAACUCGUUAGUGAUCUGACUUCUGAUGCUUUCCUUGCCACGCUAAGAAGAUUUACUUCUCGACGAGGAAAACCUGAUCAGAUACAUAGUGACUGUGGGACUAAUUAUGUUGGUGCAUAUAGAGAGUUGAAACGUUUAAUUGCAUCACUCUCUUCAGAUGAAAGAUUUCAGGGUUAUCUUGCAAAGGAAAAUAUCAUUUGGAAAUUCAAUCCUCCUGCGGCACCUCAUCAUGGUGGAUUGUGGGAAUCCACUGUCAAAUCUAUGAAGUCUCACCUUAAAAAAACUGUCGGUGAACAAAUCCUCACCUACGAAGAAUUCCUAACCCUAAUUGCUGAAGUAGAAGCUUGCCUUAAUUCUCGACCACUCACUCCUUUGUCUGAUGAUCCUGCUGAUUGUGAGGCAUUGACGCCUGGUCAUUUCCUCAUUGGUACUUCACUGACAUCAGUGCCUAAUUCUGAUCUUUCAAAGGAAGUGAUAACACCUUUACAACGAUGGAAGUUAAUGCAAAGAAUGAUCCAAGAAUUCUGGAAGCGGUGGUCAACUGACUAUCUUUCCACUCUUCAAAGGCGUCCCAAAUGGCUCCAAGUAAAGAGAAAUCUUGCUGUAAAUGAACUGGUGCUAAUCAAAGACGAUGAUUUGCCACCAUUGAAGUGGAAGUUGGGACGUGUGCUAGAGACCUUUCCAGGAGCAGACGGUAAAAUCAGAGUGGUAAGGUUAAAAACUGCAAAUGGUGAGUUAAAACGUCCUAUUGUUAAACUUUGCCCACUACCAAUAAUAGACUUCAAACAUUGAACUCAUACGAACUUUGAACUCUUAAUUAAAAUUUUCUGUCAAUUCAAAAUUUUAUAAUGGUUUAAUAUUUGUCUUUUAGUGCAUUUCAUUUGAUUAAUUUUGUUUAUUGUUUGAUUACGAUUCACAUAUAUUUCAUAUAAGGUUGUUUUAAUUUUUGUGUACAGAUUCUUAAACUGAAAAUUUUCAGUAAUUGAUUUAUUGCUGCAUUACUUUUGAAAUUAAAGUUUGAAUGAAUGUAAUAACAUUUUAUGAACCCCCUAAGUGUUCAUAGUGGGGGAGGAUGUUUCUGUUUAAAGAAUUGUGUGCUGCCAUCUAUAUUUCAAUUUAAAAUGUCACGUGAUUAGUAAAUGCUUCAUGCAGUUUAGUUCGCUUUAAAAUGUCGUACAAAUAGGUAUUGUGUUUGUCGUGUUAGUAUUUGUGUAUGUUUAUAUUUUGUGUUAGUCAUUAAAUUAUGUCAGUUUUGAGGGGUCGUUAGUUUC